AUGGAGGUGCAUGUGUCUCUGCGGGCGCCCAACGGCUGUGUGCUGUCGGCACAUGAUGACGGGUCGCUCCGCGCAGAUACGCCGACAGAUGCCGCCCUGCUGGACUGCCACGUGUUCCGCGUCACCAGGAACGUCCGCUCGGGGAAAUUCGCCUUCUAUUCCAUGAGCAACGAGCGCUACCUACGGGCCCUGCAGCCAUCGCUCCUCUUCACCUCCAUGGUGCAGGGAGAAGCAGAGACCUUCUCCAUCCGCCGCCUGGACAUGCUCCCCAAGUUCCUGGGAGUCAACUUGGGUGGCUGGCUCGUGGCUGAGGCAUGGAUGUGCCCUCCCGCUCUCUUUGACGGGGUAUUCACUGAUCUAUUGGACGGCACAUCCAUCCAGCUACAGUCCGUGGACGGCAAGUGGGUGGCAGCGAAGGGAGGGGGCGGCGACCAACUCAGAGCCAACAGAGACGCUGCCAGCGCGUGGGAGACGUUUUUUCUUCGCCGGGCAGACCACGGCGCUUUUUUCAUCCGGGCAGGCAGCGGGCACUUCUGGAGCGUGGAUGCUGCGAGUGGCGAGGUGUUCGCAAACAAGGAGGACGAGGAGGAGGGCGAGAUGUUUUGGGUGCGGCACAAGCUAGGGGAGGAGGGCACGGUGCAGCUGAGAGCGGCCAAUGGCAACUGGGUACAAGCUCUGGACGACGGCAGGCUUAUAGCGGAUAUCGACGAGGACGCCCCUGGAUGGGACACCACAUGCACAUUCACCCUGAGUAAACUCGCAGACAUGGGAGGGGAGGCGCAGCUGAUGCUGGCGCUGGGGCGGGAGGAGGCGGAGCGGAGGCUGCAGCAGCACCGGGAGGAGUGGGUGGGGGAGGGCGACUUUGAGUGGCUGGCAAAACAAGGGGUGAAUGCUGUGCGGAUACCUGUGGGCUGGUGGGUUGCUGUGGAUCCCACUCCAGAGGAAUUUGUUGAAGGGGCGUUGGAUCUCUUGGAUAAGGCCUUGGACUGGGCGCACACACACAGCAUCCGCGUUAUAGUGUGUCUGCAUGCAGCCCCCGGGUCGCAGAACGGUUGGGAGCACAGUGCAAGUCGAGACGGCAUUCCCAUGUGGGGCAAGCCCGGCACGCCUUACAUUGAUGAGACAGUCGAUGCCGUCCGCUUCCUCGUGCAACGGUAUGCAUCACACCCAGCUUUUGCAGGGCUAGAGCCAAUCAAUGAGCCGAGGGCUGACGCAGUCUCGUUUGACGACCUCUCACGCUAUUAUGAGCGGUGCUAUGCGGUGCUGAGGGAACACUCGCCCUCCGCCUACUUUGUCAUUUCUGGGAGAAUCUUUGCCAACGAGAGGGAAUGGGACGAUUUCAUGACAAGUGCGCAGUACACGAAUGUGAUUUACGAUGCACACUGGUACCAGGUGCACGACCAUGCGGAGUUUGGGUCCCAGUCGGUGGACUUCAAUCUGCAGUACCCCUCGAAGCAGCGCGCUGCUGCUCUCAGCCUGCUGGAAAGAGGGCAGCGACUCGUGUUUGUGGGAGAGUGGUCUCUGGCUCUGCUAUGCGACACAAGUGACGACAUCAACACUCGUUUCGCCAAGGCACAGCUACAGGCGUACCUCGCGUCGUCUGCAGGUUCGUUCUUCUGGUCGCUGAAACACGGGCAGGGGUGGGACCCCUGGAGCUUCAAGGCGAGUGUGGAGCGUCGGUGGAUGACUCCUGCUCUCUGGCCUUGGUCCCGCUCCCCGUUGCUUGCAUCCUCUCCUGGGGCUGCGGCUUCUCCAAAGAGACGCCGGCUGCACGAUCUCCUCCAGCAGCUCUCCGCAGCACAGACCCUUGACGAGAAAGACGCAAUCCUGAGCACGGACCCGCGCGUGCGUGCCGUCUUCCCUCAGCAGGGCUCCUCUCUCGGGAAAUUUGUCAAGCCUGCUGUUCUGAUGGCCAUGGAUUGUUGCAGUCAGGAGGAGAUUUACUUGCUCAAGUGCCUGGUGGCUUCUGGGCAAGAGCAUUUGUUGGACACUCCGGUUGCCUGGGCUGAAGGGUGGGACUCGAUCCGGGAAAAGGCACAUUACCAAGGCAGUGCUAAGGCGGAGUCAGUAGGAGGAGGCGGAGGGGGAGUGAAGGAAGCCUUUUCUAUGCUCGCGUCCAUGAUCGACGGCUGGGAUGCGCAGCUGGACACCUCGCGUUCUGCGCUCCCCGCAUUCCUCGCCGGAUUCGACAACCCGAGCGUGUUUCCCGCUCCGCUUAUGGACCUCAUUGACUGGGAGGACCGCCGCUCGGCGCGCAGCAGUGCAGUUAGCUUUGGAGGGGAAUCGCAGGAGGAGUCGUCGUCUCUGUCGUCGACGCUGUUCGCGCAGUUUAUGGAAGGGCUGGAGUAUCCGAGUGUGUUCGGCGCUCCGCUGCUGGACCUGGUUGACUGGGAGAAGCAGUGGCAGUCGGAUGAUGGGCCAGGCUCCCCCAGCAGCAGUAGCAGCAGUGGUUUUGCGAGCGACGGUGGUAGCAGCAGCAGCGGGUGGGAGGAUAAUGGUGGUUCUUUGAGGGACCAGGAGCCACGCGCGCAGCUUCAGAGUCUUCUGGCCAUGCUGCGGCGAGUGGAGAAGUUUUACGACGGCAUUGGCGGCAUUCUCGGGUACCAGUCGACGUGUCUGGACCUCAUUCAACAGUCCGUUGCUGCAUCGCAACAAGCAGCAGCAGCAGAACACGCAGCUGCCGUAGCAGCAGGAACCACAGCAACUCCGGCAACGUCUCCAGCAGCAGAGACGACCACCAGCAUCGCCAAUGAAAGGGAAAACGAAAGACCCGGGUUCGAAUCCCAGCGACGGAUUUAUAUGCCCCCUGGCCAAGACCUGGCCAGUGAUCCGGAGUUUGCCUCCCAGGCAGCUUUUUGGGGCCUUGAGGGGCUGCCUGCAAUGGCGGAGAUCUACCCCUUGGGAGGCGCGGGAGACAGGCUGGGACUGGUGGACGAGGCGACAGGAGAAAGCCUGCCAGUGGCAAUGCUGCCCUACUGCGGCCGCACGCUGCUGCACGGGCUACUGCGAGACCUGGAGGCGCGGGAGUAUCUGCAUUGCCGAGUGUUUGGCGAGCACCACGUGACCCCAGUGGCCAUCAUGACAAGUGCGGCCAAGAAGAAUCACCAGAGGGUGUUAGCUCUGCUGCAGCAGCACAACUGGUUCGGCCGGGGAGAGCACAACUUCCGGCUCUUCCAACAGGUGUGCUUCUUGUUUCCAGAUGCUUUGCCACUGGUGCCAACGGUCGCAGCGGAGGAUGGCAGGUGGCUGACGAGCGGCCCUCUUUCGCCCGUGCUCAAGCCAGGCGGCCACGGGGUAAUCUGGAAGCUCGCAGCCGACGAGGGCGUGUUUGAUUGGCUGCGUGCUAAAGGGCGCAAGGCCGCAGUGAUCAGGCAGAUCAGCAACCCGCUGGCAGCAACGGACAUGACUCUCCUGGCGCUCUCCGGCGUUGGUCUGCACGGCAACAAGAAAUUCGGCUUCGCCUCUUGCGACCGGAAUGUGGGCACAGCAGAGGGUGUGAACGUGCUGGCAGAGCAGCAGCAGGCGGACGGGUCAUGGUCCUAUGGCCUCACAUGCAUUGAAUACACCGAGUUUGACAAACUCGGCAUCAGCGACGCGCCUGUUGCUCCCGGCAGCAGCCGGUCCAAAUACCCUGCCAACACCAACGUGCUCUUUGCUGAUUUGCACGCUGUGGAAGCAGCUGUUCUUGGGGAGACUGCUGGUGGGAGUGGUGCAGUGGGAUGUGUGCGGGCCUGUGUGGCCCUGACAGCACCGUUCAUACUGACACUCUGA